CAGUAAUGCUAGCAUUCAUUGUGCAGUCAUUCAGUCAUUCAUAGCAUUGCUGUUUGAAUUCAACACUCAAUUCAAAUACAAUUGAAAUCAAUAUUUAUUUAUUUGAAACUCAUUUAAAGUACAAGUGUUUUGAUACACAUUUUCAUCCAAUCUUUCAUUUUAUCGUGUUUGUCAGUUAAUCCAAACCUAAUCCAAGACAAUGUGUGACGACGACGUGGCGGCACUAGUGAUCGACAACGGCUCCGGUAUGUGUAAGGCUGGCUUCGCCGGCGAUGACGCGCCGAGAGCUGUCUUCCCCUCCAUCGUGGGCCGACCCCGACAUCAGGGAGUGAUGGUAGGCAUGGGUCAGAAGGACUCGUACGUCGGCGAUGAGGCGCAGUCCAAGAGGGGGAUCCUGACCCUCAAGUACCCCAUAGAGCACGGGAUUGUCACCAAUUGGGACGACAUGGAGAAGAUAUGGCACCACACCUUCUACAACGAACUCCGAGUGGCUCCUGAGGAACACCCGGUGCUCUUGACUGAGGCGCCACUCAAUCCUAAAGCCAACAGAGAGAAGAUGACUCAGAUUAUGUUCGAGACGUUCAACACCCCAGCCAUGUAUGUGGCCAUUCAGGCCGUCCUCUCGCUGUACGCGUCCGGACGUACCACCGGAAUUGUGUUGGACAGCGGCGAUGGUGUCUCGCAUACCGUUCCCAUCUAUGAGGGCUACGCUCUGCCGCACGCUAUCCUGCGUCUGGAUCUGGCGGGACGUGACUUAACCGACUAUCUCAUGAAAAUCCUGACCGAAAGGGGCUAUAGUUUCACGACAACCGCCGAGAGAGAGAUCGUGAGAGACAUUAAGGAGAAGCUGUGUUACGUUGCCCUCGACUUCGAGCAGGAGAUGGCGACCGCCGCCUCCUCCUCGUCCCUCGAGAAGUCAUAUGAGUUGCCCGACGGACAGGUGAUCACUAUCGGCAACGAGCGCUUCCGAUGCCCCGAAGCCCUCUUCCAGCCCUCAUUCCUGGGUAUGGAGUCGUGUGGUAUUCAUGAGACCACUUAUAACUCGAUCAUGAAGUGUGACGUUGAUAUCCGUAAGGACCUGUACGCCAACACUGUGCUCUCGGGCGGCACCACUAUGUAUCCCGGAAUCGCUGAUCGCAUGCAGAAGGAGAUCACAGCGUUAGCGCCGUCGACGAUGAAGAUCAAGAUCAUCGCUCCCCCGGAGCGCAAGUACUCGGUUUGGAUCGGAGGCUCAAUCCUGGCCUCCCUGUCCACCUUCCAGCAGAUGUGGAUCUCGAAGCAGGAGUAUGACGAGUCCGGACCCUCUAUUGUGCACAGAAAGUGCUUCUAAACUACCGGUCCCUCGCCUCCCACUCCCACUCCCACUCCCUGUCCCUCUACCUGUCCCUCUACUAUCUGUUCUACUCUUUCUAUUCCACAACACAUUCGGAACACUUCUUAACGUAUAUUUGACACCAAAUAGUAAACUCUUUAUAAGAAUUCCGUUUCGAUUCCAUAUUUAAAUUA